CCCGCACCUACUCGCGAUGAAGCUGCUGCUGCUGACGGCGCGUCGCGUGGCGCGCGCGGCGGCCCCCGCUGCGGCCAGUGCGCUGUGUCCGUCUGUGCGUCCCGCCUUCAACGCCGUGUCGGUGCCCGGCGCGCGCUUCCUGAGCGACAAGCCCGGCAACAAGAAGAACACGGACGCCGCCAAGCUCUUCGCCUCCAAGGACGACGACAGCGACAGCGACUCGGACUCGGACAGCGACUCGGACUCGGACAGCGACUCGGACGACGAGCAGGAGGAGGUCGAGGUGGAGGAGCUGCUGCCCAUCGACGAGGACGGCAUCUCCACGGCCGAGCGGCGGCGCCGCCUCGACGCGUUCCUGGCGCACAACGCCGAGUACUUCGACGAGGAGCGCUGGGGCGCCGAGGACGGCGAGAAGUGGUUCGGCUUCGACGGCGACAUCGACGCCGUCACGGAGGAGGGCGUGCCCACGUGGCUGCAGUCCGUGCGCAACAUGGUGAGCGUGGAGGACGAGCGCGCGAUGCGCGCCAAGUCGGCCCGCAUCGCCUUCCACGAGGCCAAAAACAAGAUCGUGCGCGUUCGCAAGCUGGACGAGAAGGGUCGCGCGUACGGCACGGGCCGCCGCAAAACCAGCACGGCCCGCGUGUGGGUCAAGCCCGCCGCGCAGCCCUUCACGGGCCGCAUCAAGGUGAACAAGAAGGACCUCGUUGACUACUUCGUGCGCGACACGCACCGCGAGGACGUGCUCAAGCCCUUCUCCACGGUUGAGAAGAUCGGCUACUUUGACGUGGUCUGCACGGUCAAGGGAGGAGGUAUGACGGGACAGGCUGGCGCCGUGCGCCACGGCAUUGCCCGCGCGCUGCAGAACUUCGACCCGGAGAUGCGCCCGGCGCUCAAGAAGGCGGGACUGCUCACGCGUGACCCGCGUAUGGUCGAGAGGAAGAAGGCUGGUCAGGCCAAGGCCCGUAAGAAAUUCCAGUGGGUCAAGAGAUAG